AGAGGGAGGACGCUGUGCUGCAGCUCUCUGACACAACCAACAACCAACAACUAUGUGGCUUUAGUAGCAAGACUCAAUCUUAUUUUUUUUAUACACUUUCCAGACGUUGUUUCGGGAUCGUACGUGUGGAAAUGUUUCGGGUUAGCUUGAUGUUUGGACCGUCUUGCUAAUUAGCUUUUAGUCUUUCUCCUCCAACCCCCCCCAAAAAAAUCGUCAGGAACAACUUCUGCGUCAGGAUUUAACCACAUUUGGACAAACAAAACAAAAAGAUAAAAGAAAAAUGGAGUCGGUUGAUGUUUUUGGUAGCACUAGUCCUGAUAUUGGCGUUUUGAAAAGCAGGCCCGAUGGGAUCCCCGGGCUUUCCUCGCUCUGCUUGCCCGAGUUGAGCACAAAGACCCCGCACUGCAGAGAUCUGUUCUCCCCUGGACCCGCCACUGUGCUGUCCCCUGUCACCAACCUGGCUCUGGACAUGAACAAUUUAGCUGGACUCGGAAGCCAAUGUGAUACACCAAAAAGGAGAAAGCAUGCACCCCUUGAGAAGAUUCCCUCCUUUGCCUCUGACGUCUCAUCUGAUGCUGGCCUCGGCAUGGAUCUCCCAAGCCCCAUGGAUGCCGUUGAAAUCGAGGACACAUUCGAAAGGGCCAUUCAACAGUCGAGCAGAGUUGUCAACGAGAAGUUGCCAAUCCGAAGAAUCAACUCAUUACCACUCCACCUCCUUUGUGUCAGCCCGUCUCUGAAGGGACAGGAAACAGAAGCUCACCGUUACGGAAUAUUCGGCCAAGCACCCUCCCAAAUGAGCGCCUCCUCCGCAUCCCAGCGUGACAACAAGGAGAACAUGCCGGAGGAGUGUUUUGAAUUCAAGAAACCAACCAAGCCGGUGUCGCGGACUCGUGUGCGCUCCUUCACCAGUGGACAGUCAAAGGACGCGUUUGCCCGCCGUCCCAGCUCUGCACCAGCACUCAUGCUGUCUUCACCUCCUCCAGUGCAGCAGCUCGAGUUUUAUGACUCUCCUGUGUUCCUACGACGCUCCUCCCUUACCAACUCUCUAGACGACGAAGAUGACGGCUUCCUGGAGGUCCUCGACGACAACAUGGAGAACGACACGGAGAUGCCGAUGGGAAUGGCCAGCUUGCUCCACGCCCCGCUGGUGUCCGACAGCAUAGCAGAAGACUCUCCGUCAUCAGCCAUCAUCCGCUGCCGGCCGAGGAACCUGUUCCGCUCGCCCUCCAUGCCCAGUCCCGUGUCUCGCCCCGCCGUGAAGCGCCACGAUCGCUCCGGAGACGAAAACACACCGAUCAGGGUGAAGAGGCGACGCAGCCUGGCAGGGACGCAGGUCACCACCAUGGAACAAGAUCCCGAAUCCCCGAGAACGAGCUGCUCGCUGCUCCAGAGGUCCAAGUCCUUCUGUCAGACUGAGAUUGAGAAGCUGCUGGAUGGCGACGAAGCUUCCAGUGAGCUAAUAGGAGAUUUCACCAAGCCUUACGUACUCCCAACAGUGGACGGCAAACACCAAGACCUCAAGUACAUUACCCCAGACGUGAUGCUGGCAGCUCUGACCGGACAGUUUAAUCAUCUAGUUGAGCGAGUCAUUGUCAUCGACUGCCGCUACCCCUACGAGUUUGAGGGAGGACACAUCAAGAGCGCUCUGAACCUGCACCAGGAGGAUCAGGUGCAGGACUUCCUCCUCAAGACCCCCAUCACGCCGUCCUGCCCAGAGAAGCGGGUCAUCAUCGUCUUCCACUGCGAGUUCUCAUCGGAGCGCGGCCCCCGAAUGUGCCGCUUUGUCCGGGAGCGAGACCGCGCCAUGAACGAGUACCCCGUGCUCCACUACCCGGAGCUCUACAUCCUGAAGGACGGAUACAAAGAGUUCUUCCGUCAUUUCAAGGUACAAUGUGAACCUCAGGACUACCGGCCCAUGAUCCACGAGGACUUCAAGGAGGAUCUGAGGAAGUUCCGCCUCAAGAGUCGCACCUGGGCCGGGGAGCGCAGCAAGAGAGACAUGUACAGCCGUCUGAAGAAGCUGUGAGCCUCUUCCGCACCCCAGCCCCCCUCCCUCACCUCUCCAAUCUGCCUCUAAAAACACACAGACACACACACACACACUGCCUCCUCCUCCUCACAGAGCCUGAGGCCUCGUCACACCUACGAGGAAAUACUUUUCUGGGACUUUGUCAGCAAUAGGGAUGGUUUUUGUUUUUUUAAUAGUCCCCCACAAUUCAUUUAACUAUAGCAAAGUUGGUUAUUUAUUCAAAUUUUUAAAAAAAGAGGGAAAGACGUGAAAUGAUGAAGCCUUGACUGUUAAUGACGUGCAGUGAGCAGAUCUGAAGCAAUACGAUCGUUUUAAAAACCACUUGGACCUACUGCCUGUUUUUACCUUUUUUUUUUUGUUAUUGUUAAUAUUAUUAUUAUUAUUAUUAUUAUUAUAAUUAUUAAUAUUAUGCGGCACAAAUCACUGCCUAUGUUGCAACAGAUCAUCAUCAAUCCACACUGCCAUGUCUGAAGUUUGUCUUUCAGUCUCCUCACUGGAUGCUUUUUUUGUUUUUUUUUAUUAUUUUGUCAUUUCCAACCUUUUUUUUAAUUA